CGCCGCUCCCACCUCUCCACCUGCCAUGGCUAUGAGCAGCGACCCCAACUGUGUGAGGCUGGACUCUGAGGCGGACGAGCAGACCAGCAGUCUUACAGACAUGAUGGCUGCCAUAACAGCGAGAGAGUCAGCUGCUAACGGCGUGAGGAACAGUGGGGCUCAGCAUGAGGAGGCUCAGGCCAAGAAGGUGCAUCCUGUGCGACCUCAUCUGUCCGGGAGAAAGCUGUCUCUUCAGGAGAGAGGCACCUACCUGUCCUCAGGCUCUGCAGGAGGCGACACACACACGUCCCCUCGAGUGGCUCGCAGGCCGACUGUGGAGUCCAAACGUGUUUCCAUAUCAGAUGCUCAGGACUGCGUCCAGCUGAACCAGUACAAGCUGAAGACCGAAGUGGGGUGUGGCUCUUAUGGUGUGGUCAAACUUGCCUACAAUGAGGACGAUGACAAACAUUAUGCUAUGAAACUGGUGUCCAAGAAGAAGUUGAUGAAGCAGUGCGGUUUUCCACGUCGCCCACCCCCAAGAGGCCCAAAGGCCGCUCAGGGAGGUCAGCCAAAGAUCUUAGGACCACUGGAGAGGGUUUACCAGGAGAUCGCCAUUCUUAAAAAACUUGAUCAUGUGAACAUUGUUAGACUGAUAGAGGUGCUGGAUGAUCCUGCAGAGGACAACCUUCACAUGGUGUUCGAGCUAAUGUGCAAGGGCCCGGUGAUGGAAGUGCCCACAGACACACCGUUGUCAGAAGAGCAGGCGAGGUUGUACUUCAGAGACAUCAUCCUGGGAAUUGAGUACUUGCAUUACCAGAAGAUCGUCCACCGUGACAUCAAGCCCUCGAACCUCUUGCUGGGUGAUGAUGGCCAUGUGAAGAUCGCCGACUUUGGCGUCAGUAACCAGUUUGAGGGUAACGAUGCGUUACUGUCCAGCACGGCCGGCACCCCGGCCUUCAUGGCACCAGAAGCUCUUUCAGACAACCGCAAGAGCUUCAGUGGAAAAGCACUGGAUGUGUGGGCCAUGGGAGUGACACUCUACUGCUUCAUGUUUGGAAAGUGUCCAUUCAUUGACGACUACAUAUUGGCUUUGCACAAUAAGAUAAGGACCAAACCUGUGGAAUUCCCAGACUCACCAGCAAUCAGUGAGGUGCUGCGAACUCUGAUCUUGCGGAUGUUGGACAAGAAUCCAGACACGAGGAUCACAAUUCCUGAGAUUAAGAUGGACCAGUGGGUGACCCGAGGAGGCACCAACCCCUUACCUCUGGAGGAGGAGCACUGCUCUGUGGUGGAGGUGACUGAGGAGGACAUCCAGAACUCAGUCAAGUUUGUUCCCAGCCUGUCUGCGGUGAUCUUGGUGAAGGCGAUGCUGAGGAAGCGCUCCUUCAGUAACCCGUUUGAGUGCUCGAGCAGGAGAGAGGAGCGCUCCAUGUCUGCACCUGGCAGCCUCCUCAUAAAGAGCAGCACAGGAGAUGGACCCAGAGAAGGGGAGCUAGAAGACCUGCGUGAAGAUGAAGCUGCCUCUUGAAUUUGAAGGAUGCUCAUGUCCUCAAAGCUUCGUCUUAAACCGCUUCAUCUUUACAUCCUGACGUUUGAAUCACUGUGCUCUCAAUACUGUACCAAAA